UUAAUACAGGUGUGUUUUGAUAAAAAAAAAACAUCUUUGCGGUUCACCUCUGGGCCAGCAGCGCCGGCGAGCGGUUCCCUUUUUCGAUCUCUUGGCCUUCCCUUUCCUGGCGGCGACUACUGGGCGAGCGGCGCCGCCCUUCUCCGCCGACGAGCACCCAGUCUUGUAAACACCACGGAGGUUUUCUAUUGUGUCCAUAAAAGGCAGUUCAUGAACAUGCAAUUAGCCAUGUCUGGUGUGUAUGAUGAGAAGCCACCUACGGAUGUUCCCACUGAUCCGGCAUGUUCAAGGAACAGUAUUGAUGAGGAUGAUGAUUGGGUGAUAGUCAAGAAACAGCGUAUCACCAUAUUAAUUCCUCCACCAUCACCAGAUGCUGCGAACCCUGAAUCACACAGGCCCAGAGUAAGUUCUAAACAUUCUAGCUCAACACUGAGCAACAGAGACUGGGAUGCUGCCAGAAAGAAGCACCCUAAGCAGCUGAUUGCCGAGAAAUCCAAGAACCCUCCAGAGGAUGGCAAUAGCGAGAAAGCUCAAGUAGACCAUUCUGAAAGUACAGUUCAAAAAGAUGUUCCAAGGAUAGUGGAUGACAUACUAACACACAGUCCUGCUGCCCCUGUUGUACAGUCAGAAUGGACUGAAAAUGGAUUUCAGGCUGUUAAAGGACUCUUUCAUCAAGGCAGUGGACAAGUGACAAAUUCCUCUCAAAUCAUGGUUAAUCCAAGGAUGCCAGUUAUUUCUUCACCUGUUGCAGAUAAGAUAAUACGAGCCCGGCUUCUUGAGAGACGUGUUGCUCGGUUGGGAGGACUGAGGAAUUGGCUUUUUGAUUGCGGUCUUGGAUGGUUUGUCGGCAUAUUGGACAGUGAAAAGCUGGGGAUGUACCAGCUAGUCUCCCUUACAAUGACCCAGCUGAAAGAAAUGGGCCUUGUUGCUGUAGGUCCACGGAGGAAACUGAUCCAUGCCAUUGACAAUCUGUGCCGCCCUCGCCAUGUUGAGAAGGUUUCUUGAUCUCUAGCACAUUUUAGAUGGCUAAAAUGUCAGAAAGCUAUUUUUUGAAAGAGACCCCUGAAGUUUAAGGUGCCGCACCUAGGGUUCGAACCCUGGGCGGGAGCCUCCCGGCCAGUGGCCUUUGCCACUGCGCCAUGAGCUCCUUGGCCAUGUCAGAAAGCUAUUACAGGAAGGAAUGUCUGAAGUGGUCAGCGACUGCAGUCAGUUUGGUGAAUUAAGCCAUAUUUUCCUCUUGUAUGGAUAGCCAGCAUUGCAGUCAGUUUGGUGACUUAAGCCAUAUUGAUCUCUUGUAUGAAUAGGUAAAGGUUGACUCAUGACCGGGAAUCAGAAGCUGAAGCGAGUGUUGAAGUUUUCAGGAGGCUGAACCAGGAAUCAGAAGCUAAAGUGAUAGGCAGUUUAUCCUGCUUUGAGACAUGCUUUUCUAGACUAUCCCCUGUAAGAUAAUCUGACAUGGAUCGAGCUGAUAUCAUGUAAUCUCGCAGAUAUGGAAGGACAUUUCCUUCUGUAAGAACUGACAACUUUCAUGAAAUCUGUCGUACCUCUCCCCUGGAAAAUUUGCGAUGUCUGAGUUGGUGGGUGGCUGCGUAAUUGUAAAAGCUCCUGUGUUUGGAGUUGUAUUUACUGCUCAGUUGAGGAAUUAAGAGGAUCGGACAUUCUAAAGUUAAUCACAAGAAGUGAGGCAGAUA